AUGCAGUCAGGAGACUAUGGCAACGGCCCUCCAUAUCCGAUAGAAGGUGUCCCGCCGCCACCAUGGAGACGCCAAGGGCUGGAGGGCACAGAUAACGUCACAGUGCAGACUGAUCACUCAGUGACCUGGAGCAACGAUGAGCAACGGAGUUCAGUGCAAGUUUUCUGUGGGACAGAAGCAGGUGGCUGGUCUGCCAUUUUGGCUCAAGCUGACCAGAUGCAAUCGAUUGGGGCCCUUCGCCAGCACUACAAUUUGCCGGACAACGUGUGGAACGCGUUCGUGCAGAUUGCGGGGGACCCGAUGGACGAUAUGCGACUUUUGGCUGUCCUACCUCCAAGCAUUGUUUCGGCAGCGCUGGAGCGCAGUCAGUUGCCGGACGGGAGCUAUUUGAGCGCAGUGCAGGCCUCCCAUGUGGGAUUAGUCUACAAUUUAUCCAGGCGCAUACAACACACCCGAAGCGGUGGGGAUUGGGAUGCUUGGGUAGAAUCAUCCCCAUUUGGAGAUCAACGCAUCACGGUGGAGCCUGCGGUGACGAAGGACGCGUCAGACAGCAACGAAAGGAAAAUGAAAAUGACACAGAUCUUGGACCAGAUGGACGAUGGGGACUUUACGGUGCAGACGGAGGAGAUGAGAGCCAAGUGGUACCAAAGGUACGUCCAAGUGGUGGGGGGCUAUCCGCCGGAAGAGGAGGACCCGACGUUGGAACAAUUGUCGGCGUUGCAGAAACGCAUCGAGAAGCAGGACACAGCCCCAUUCGUGGACUUCGCGAUCUAUGUCCCAUUUGGUCAAAGGGCAUUAAAAGCAUCGAAGUUCCGCACAUUCGUCCUUACAUCCAGCGGGUACGUGACGAAGGAACUACCAGGUCCAGCAAACUUCAACCAGUGGCGAACGUGCUACAGACUUUUGAAAACGUCUCUGUUGAUGCUGGACGCAGUGGGCUUAGCAGCACUACAAGCCUACGAAGCCACAAUCGAAAGAUUGGCAAGAUCACAUGGCAUGCCCCGCACUCCAGCGGAACAACUCGCCUCAGGGCACAUGCAGGGAGGUCUCAGCGCCAUCACACCUGUCGUGGAGUCCUACAACAACAACACGAAGGCACAGGGCUCAACAGAGCCAUCAAGGAGGAGAAAACGCAAGUGGAGGAACGAUCAAGGAUCAGUGAAAGUUUGUGGAGAAGGUCAACAACACGAAGGCACAGGUGCAAAAUCUGAGAAGCCCGAGCCCAAGCCAGAAGCGGAGUCCUCAGCAGAGUACACCUACACCUACGAGACAGACGAAGGUGAAGCUGAAGACGGUGACGAAGGCCAGGAGGAUCCUGAUGAAAAGGACCCAUUGAUGUCACAGACAUUGGAAGAAUAUUAUCAGAAGAGGGUCUUCAUCUUCAUCCAUCACUUCGCGGGCCCUGCAGACCCACUCACAACAGCCAUGAGGAACGAAUCCCUCAAGCAGGGCAUCAGGCUCAAAGCCUACAGCGUAGAGAAGGAAAGCGGCACUGGAGAUCUCCUAGCCGAUGAACCGUACAAUACCCACUUGAGGUGGGCGAAGCGGGGCUAUGUCGAUGCAUUUCAUGCAGGAUUUCCAUGUUCUACAUUUUCCCGUUUGAGGUUCCGGCGAAGGGAAGGUUUACCGGGGCCAGUUCGGACGAAGUUCGAGCCUUAUGGACGGCUCACCAACAAUCCUGCUGCCCAAGCUGAGUGCGACCGGGGCACCGUCAUGGCAUGCAGAGCCAUAGACAUGGCCACAGCAGUGGGGGAAUCAAAACGAGUGUCAAGCGUGGGUGCAAUAGCAACUCUUGAAAACCCCCCGCCAUCAAAUGAGCCUGAACACCUGUCAGCUUGGGAGUUGCCGGAGAUGGAGAAGUUCAGAAGAGUCAGACCGAGCCAGGGAGUGAUCUUCAACACCUGCCGGUAUGAAGAAGAUCUUGAACUUGGAAAACGCCACUUCAAGCCUCAGCAGUUCGAAGGCACGUUGAGGGGCAUGCAAUGCCUGUCACUCGAAUGCACUUGCGGGGAACCGGGCAACCAUGAUUCGAUCACGGGCCCUGCAAAAUCCAAAGCCUCGGCGACAUACCCCAAGGCCUUGUGUGAAGCUUACGCAAGACUUGCUGUGGAACAUUUGAAAUUGAUGGGCAAGGAGGAGUUCUUAAGAUCCCGUAUGGCAUCGCUGCAGAACACCAUCGACGUGGCGAAGGCUCGGAUUGUGAAAAGGGAUGAACCAUUUGGCCCCGACGCGCACGUCCAAGACGAGAAGAAGACGAAGGCGAAAGAAGCCAGAUCGAGGUCUAGGAGAAGAGUCCAUUAUCCUUCCCUUAGCCCUCCUACAAGACGUGAAUACAAAGCAGCAACGAUGCAUGAGAGGCCCAAAAGCCAAGCAAGGCCACCUCUCAAAAGAAGGAAAAGGAACAUGACUCCUCCCGAGGUCAAACUCAAGCCAGCCAAGGACGCGCUGAACACCCCCGAAGCGUAUUGGCAAGGUGGAGAAGGAAAACACGAAGCGCUCAGGCCAAGCACCUCGAAAGAAGCGGAUCCUUCUCUGCUGGAAUUCGUGGGAGGCAUGAAGGACCCAUACAAGGUAGUCUUGCCCAGGGCCACGCUACUGUCUCUGGGACUGCGAAUCAGGGCGGCAUGGGAAACGCUGGAGAGGAGGCACAAAGAUGCACAUGAAGUUUCAGAGAAAUACGGAACGCCUGACUGCGAGAUGAAAGACCACCUUGUGAGGGAGUGGAAAGCAGCUCUACGCAAAGUGCUAGGAGCUCAAGCGCCGCCUGCAGUCAAGAUCAAACCAAGGUGGAAGUAUGUGUCGCCCCUGGACCCAGAACUGCUGGAAGCCUGGGUCCCGAAAGGAGCUGAUCCAGACGAUGCUGUGCCGAAUUGGGUGAGAAACGGGGCCCCUCUGGGCAUAGAAAUGCCCAUACCGGUCAAGGGCAUAUUCCCGAAGAAUGUUGAAGGCUCGAACUUGGACUACCACGGCAACCAUGAGUUGGAGGACGCCGAAGCCCAGAUGAGCCACGGAGAAAUACUCAAUUACACCUCCGUCCUGGAAAACUUGGAAGACGCCCGCAUCGAGCUGAACCGGUACAAAGCAGAAGGCUUCAUGGUUGACGUCGACAAGGAGACGGUGCAGAAGGAAAUGUCUCACGGGACCAUCAGCCGUUUGGGCCUUAUUGUGAAGCAGAAGCCCGAGGGAGUCAAAAGGCGCAUCAUUUUGGAUUUGCGCCGGUCUGGGGGCAAUCGCAAAGCAGUGCUACCAGAGAAGUUGGUGUUACCGAGACCACGUGAUGCAGUUGCCAUGAUGAGGGAUGUGUACAACCAACGCAGAGGAUGCGGAAGCGAUGAAGGCUACACACGUGAGCUGGUAGUGGUGGACAUCUCGGACGCCUUCUGUCCUUGGCAGUUCACGAAGCUGAACUGCAACAAAGCCCAGCACCAGACAUAUUUGGACGACGGUUUGUGGAUCCUUCAAGGGACGCUGAAGGAGAGAAACAGCAUACUGGCAAUGGUCAUCACGACACUCUUCGCCUUGGGCCUGAAGGUUUCCCUGAAGAAAGGCCUGAGAUCAUCUCGAGUGCAAUGGGUGGGCGUCAGAUUCACACUCAACGAGGACGCCAUCAUCUUGGGUCUGCCUGACAAACUCAUGUCGGACCUGCUGCAAGUCCUCAAAUCUUGGGCAAAUGCUGGCAUGGCGCCGAUAAAGGAGUUGAGACAGGUCGCAGGCCGCACCUCCUGGGUUUCAGGGAUUUUGCCACGUACGCGAUGGGUGGUCGCCGUAUUUUACAGAGUGUUGCACGAGAGGCUGAACGACAUAGCAUCAGGCAAAGAAGAAGAACGUCGCCAGCAUCGCAGGGAUGACAGAGCCAAAGGAGGCCUCUUCGUGGUCAAGCAAUUGGAACAACCGCGAGUGUGGCUGAUCAAAUACUUGGAGGUGGCGAUGACAAAACCCACGAGGCGCCUCAAGCUUGACACCAUGAAGUACCCGAAGGCCACAAUCGUCACAGACGCGUCGCCUUUGGGUGCGGGCGCAAUUUUGCUUAUCAACAACCGCAUCACGAAGGCAUACACCACCAAAGUGACGCACAGAGAUGCCAGGCUCCUAGGAUUCGAAGACAGCUGGGAACAGGCAGCCUCUCAAGGGAUUGCAGAGACGUUAUCGGUGUUGCUGGCCCUCAAACAUUGGGCGAAAGAACUGCAGUCCUGCCACGUGGAGCUUCAAGUGCAAAGCGACAGCUUGGUGGCCUUGGCUACAGCGAAGCGUCUGUCGAGCUCUACAUCGACGCUGAACUUUCUUGGCGCCGAGAUAGCCCUGGUAUGCGAAGAGAUCGGCAUUGAAGGUCUCAGGACGUCCCACAUUCCAGGGUCGGCCAAUACGUCGGCGGACUGGCUCAGCAGGCCAGACAAGAUUGCGAAGGAUGAAAUGCCAGUGGAACUCAAGGGAAUCCCCAUACACAAUGAGUUGCAAGUUCGGGGACCUGAGUUUUACCACUUGGCACCGCCGCAGUUGGCCCCGGAUUUGUGGCAUUGUCCCUUACGUGCCUGCUGGGCCACCAGCACUCUCUGCUGUGCCAUGGUAUCCUUCGACAUGGGGCUACGUGGCACUGCUCACCCUUCUGCUGGCGAGCUGGGGCAUAGUAGCUUGGUGCCUUUGCUGUUCCGCAACCGAGACAGCACCCAAACAGCAGCACCUCAAGCAGAAGGGUGCCUCUUCCGCUUACUCCGGGACCCUCCCAAUGUCGCGGUACCCCAAGGAAGGCGUGUCUUUGGCGACGUUUAUCACAAGGAGGGAUCAAGUGUGGAGAGAUCAUCAUCUGAGGGGAGGCGACUGCUGGCUAGUGCUGGAUUAGCCGACAACACCUCAGUCGAUGGACCCAAUGACCCCUUUGACAAAGAGGAAUCACUCACGUCAACAGAGCUCUAUGGCACGAAGGAUAGGUGGGACAUCACCUCUCCCAAAUCUCAGUCCGGGAAGAGUGAAGGUAGCCCCGAAUCGAUGAACAAGUUCCCGCCAGAUCCUCCCUCGAGCGUUCCAGAAGGCGCACAACACAAAGGGCCUUGGUGGAGGGAAUUGUUAGCUUCACCUGUGAAGAAACUACGCCUAGCCGAACUGGGGCGCAACUUCAGAGCACUAGCUAUGCCCUCUUAUGAACUGCCGCCUGUGGAAACGCCUACAACAGGCAUUUUGCCUUUCGACAUGCACACGAAGGUUACGGAUCAGUCUCAGGGGUCUAUCAAACCUAAGAGCACGUUGGCCAAAGUUAGGAAAGACCUUCCAAAGAGGUCAUCUGGUGCGAAGCUACCCAAGCCCAACAGAAGGUCGGCGGUGAAGCUCGCAAAAGCGAAAUGCGCCCUGGCUGGCAUUGUAGCAAGGGUGGAGAGGGACUUUUGUGCAAACUCCUCAAGAGCAGCACGUGCGUCAAAGCGCAACACCAUCAAACAAAUACUUCGUGCAGGUAACGAGGGUCUCCCGUUGACACCAUUUUCACUAAAACUGCUUGCUGGCACUCUACGCGAAUCGGGCUACAAAUCGGCGCACUCCUAUCUCAUCGAAGCCAAGCUCGAACAUGUGGAGGCCGGACAUCACUGGACGAGUCUGUUGGAUCGUCAUUUCAAGCUUUGCAUGGCAGCCGCCAAACGAGGAACAGGACCUCGAAAGAAAGCAGCAGAAGUACCCGAAGGAACAUGGACCGACCAUUCGUUGCUGGAGGACCCUUCCGUGGCCGGCCUGAAGGUUCUGCAUUCAGCAUUGCUGUUCGCUUGCGGCGUUCAUUGGAUGAUGCGGGAGAUUGAACUCUCGAACUUGCGCACGGAGGACAUCAGAUUCGACUGUGCAAAUCGAAUGGUCACCAUCCUUUGGAGAGAAUCCAAGAAGGAUACCGAAGGCAUCGGCAUCUCACGCACACUUCAGUGCUUGUGUGAGAAUGGCUGCGACCUGAAGUGCCCCUACGCAGUGUUGGAGACAUUAGUGAACCACGCGACACUGAGGGGUACUCCGAUGGGGGCCAUCGCGAUGGGCAAGAAGGGGCGCCUGGCCACCAAAGCCGACAUCGUCCACGAUUGGAGGAAACUCUACGGCAAGGACGUCACAGGCCACUCAACUCGAAGAAGCGGUGCCUUGCAAUACAUCAGGAAAGGAUGGGCGGUGUCACAAGUAGGAUACCUGGGCCGUUGGAAGAGCAACAUCAUAAUGGAGUACGCACAGGAAGCACUGGAAUCCAUGGCGGUGAACAACACACAAUGUUUCGGUGUCAGCGGAGCCCAACUACAGAUGGCCCAACAGCUGAUCAAAGGAAACGCUCAGUGCAACGACAACCAACAGCUCUUGGUGACGAAGGCAGAUGCCGUAGUAGUGCAGAAGCUGAAAGAGGAAUUGGAAACAUUCAAGGGACACACCUUGGGGUCACAUGUAGCGUUGGAAAACGCAAUCAAGGAUGUCGAAGACCAAGUGACUCAGUCUUCGAAAUAUUUACCCAAGAUGGUCAAGUCGGUGAGACAACAGGUGAUACAUGCGAAUGCAGUCACGCUGGUGUACGCACCACCUAUCACCUGGAGGACAAAGUGCAGUUGGUAUUACCACGCUUCGAACUAUGAGUUCACCGACGGAGAUGUGUCGAAGGUUAUUGGCAAAGGCAGCUUGUCCGAAUUGAGGAGCUUUGUCAGUGAACAAAUGUACACAGCAUGGCGUAAGAGCGUCGAGGUGAUUCGAUGCUUUGAUGGGAAAGGCAUUGAGAGGCCAUGCGGACCUCUUUAUCGUGAGGAUGUCAAUGCAGAGAAGGAUGCAGACGAGAACUUGCUUUCUGGCCUAGGAUAUGUCGGAGUCUUAACGAUAUGCUUUGCCUUUUCUGACACAAUCGAUGAGGGAGUUGAUUUGUAUUUGUUGUGCUCAUUACGUGUAAGUUGUUGUGCUCAUUCUGCAUAA